AUGGCUACCCUUCAAGACAUUUGUUAUUCGGCAGCUAUCAAUCUUCUAUCCGCAAUCGCCUUCCUGUUCGCAUUUGCGAUGCUGAGGCUUCAGCCGGUGAACGACAGAGUGUACUUCCCUAAGUGGUAUCUCAAAGGGAUACGAGGGAGCCCAACGCACCAUGGGGGGUUUAUGAAGAAAUUUGUGAAUCUGGAUCCUAGAACCUACAUAAGGUUUCUGAACUGGAUGCCGGCAGCAUUGCAGAUGCCAGAACCUGAACUUAUUGAACACGCUGGACUUGACUCUGUAGUCUAUAUACGGAUUUACCUUAUGGGGUUGAAAAUAUUUGUUCCUAUUACGCUCCUCGCCUGGGCGGUGCUUGUCCCUGUCAAUAUGACUGGAGGAACACUGGAUAAGAUAAAAGAUUUGACAUACAGUGAUAUCGACAAGUUGUCGAUAUCAAACAUCGCAGAAAACUCUGUAAGGUUUUGGGCCCAUGCGAUAAUGUCAUAUGUCUUCACGUUUUGGUCAUUUUACGUGAUCUACCAUGAGUACAAGGCGGUAGCGAACAUGCGCCUGCAGUUUUUGGCUGCAGAAAGUCGUCGCGCCGAUCACUUCACCGUUCUUGUGAGAAAUGUUCCUGCAGAUCCAGAUGAAUCAGUGACAGAUCACGUCGAGCACUUUUUCCGUGUGAAUCAUCCCGAGCAUUAUCUCCUUCACCAGGUGGUAUACAAUGCGAACAAGCUUGCAGAUGUGGUUGAGGCAAAGAAGGCGAUGAGGAAUUGGUUAACCUAUUAUCAAAACAAAUACGAUAGAAACCCGUCUACAAGACCAACCACAAAGACAGGCCUGUGGGGUAUUAUCGGAACCACAGUGGAUGCAAUCGAGUACUAUGAAUCUGAGAUUGAGAAUUUGAUAAAAGAGGAAGAGUUGGAAAGGGAGAAGGUUCUGAGUGAUGCUAAUGCCGUGAUGCCAGCAGCAUUUGUAUCUUUCAAAUCCCGAUGGGCAGCUGCAGUUUGCGCACAAACUCAGCAAUCAAGCAACCCAACAAUGUGGUUGACUGAGAGAGCUCCGGAGCCACGCGAUGUAUACUGGAGCAACCUAGCCAUACCAUAUGUGGAGCAUACUAUUCGAAAGUUUCUCAUGGCGGUUGCUCUCUUCUUCUUGACCUUCUUCUUUGUCAUUCCUAUAGCAUUUGUCCAGUCUCUGGCCACCAUCGAGGGGAUUGAAAAGGUUUUCCCGUUCCUGAAGCAUCUUAUAGAAGUCGAUUCUGUCAAAUCCAUAGUCCAAGGGUUUCUUCCAGGAAUUGCUCUGAAAAUAUUUCUCAUUGUACUUCCAACGAUCCUCAUGUUGAUGGCCAAAAUCGAAGGAUUUCACUCACUGUCAUCUUUGGACAGGCGAGCAGCUUCAAAGUAUCACUUGUUCCUUCUUGUCAACGUCUUCCUUGGUAGCAUCAUUACAGGGACAGCUCUAGAGCAGCUGAAAACAUUCAUGAAACAGUCUGCUUCUGAAAUCCCACAAACAAUUGGUGUGUCGAUCCCAAUGAGAGCCACCUUCUUCAUCACUUACAUUAUGGUGGAUGGUUGGUCGGGAAUAGCAGCCGAGGUCCUCAGGUUGGUGCCAUUGAUCAUCUUUCACUUAAAGAACACGUUUUUGGUGAAGACCGAGCAAGAUAGAGAGCAAGCCAUGGACCCAGGUAGCAUAAGCUUCCCCAUAUCAGAGCCUCGGAUACAGCUCUAUUUCAUGCUCGGUUUCGUUUACGCCGCUGUCACCCCCUUGUUGCUCCCUUUCAUCCUCGUCUUCUUCGCCUUCGCCUAUGUCAUCUUCCGCCAUCAGAUCAUCAAUGUGUACGACCAAAAAUACGAGAGCGGAGCAGGCUACUGGCCAGAUGUGCAUCGACGCUUGAUUAUCGGCCAAAUGAUAGCUCAGAUGCUCCUAAUGGGUCUGCUGAACACGAAGGGAGCAGAGGAACUGUCACCUUUCCUCAUCCCUCUCCCUAUUUUGACAAUGUGGUUCCACAAGCUCUGCAAAGGGCGCUUCGAAUCCGCCUUUGUGAAAUUCCCAUUGCAGGAAGCCAUGGUGAGGGAUACCCUGGAGCGAGCUACCGAUCCAAACCUGAACCUGAGAACGUACCUUCACGAUGCCUACAUUCAUCCAGUUUUCAAGCACGACCCAUCUGAUAAAACAGAGACAAUGAUCUACUACGAUGAAGAAGACAAUCCGCUUGUUGCUACUAAGCGAAGCAGUAAGUUUGUGUCGGACGUCAGUUCCGGGUCUGGUUCCUGA